GUUUCCCCCACAGUCCAAAGACAUGCAGGUUAGGUUAACUGGUGACUCUAAAUUGACCGUAGGUGUGAAUGGUUGUCUGUGUGUAUGUGUCAGCCCUGUGAUGACCUGGCGACUUGUCCAGGGUGUACCCCGCCUUUCGCCCGUAGUCAGCUGGGAUAGGCUCCAGCUUGCCUGCGACCCUGUAGAAGGAUAAAGCGGCUAGAGAUAAUGAGAUGAGAUGAGAUGAAAAAAAGGAACGUUGCAAAAGAGAUCUAAAAUAAAUAGGUUUUGGGCAUUAAACAUUUGAAUAAAAUUUGAUUAAUGAAAGUAAGAGACGUAAUUCUACUGGCAUUACAGAGGAUAUGUACAUGUAAAGUCAGAGGAAUACAGAUUUUUUUAGCCUGUACUCUUAUUGCCAUGGGGCCCCCAGGCAAGAACCCCUGUUGCCCACAUAAUCAAUCCGGCCCUACACAGUGUGCUCAGCUAGUUUGUCUGUUCAGCAGGUAGUCCUUAUGGAGUGAGUAAAAUUAAAAGAGGUGAAUAAGAAGAGAGCAAAACAAAGUAACAAAAAAAGGAAGAAGUCCGCCUUACUCGGAUUUCAAUGCUGUCUUAUUUCACACAUGAAGCUUCAAUGUGGUUCGUUACCUCAGGUGGUUGGCGUCACAGGCUCAGGUCAGCACGUCGGGGUGAUGCUUUCCCAGGUAGUUCUCAGCUGACACCGGGGAGGUGAAAGUGCGUCUGCCCUCCAGGAGAUCCAUCACCAAGUUAGGAGGGUGGAGGAGCCUGAAUGAUAAAUUGUGGUCGUGUAGCUUCUUCUUCAGUGGUGCGAAGGCUUUCCUUUUUCUGUAGAGAGUUGUGGACAUGUCUCUGAAUAUCAUUAUAUUGUAGUUACUGUACUGGAGCGAUCUUUUCUUCCGUGCCGCAUCAAGGAUCCUCGUCACAUCUGUGAAGCGGAGCAGCCUGAUCACCAUGGCCCAGGGGUGGCCACCAUCAUCAGGUCGGCGCUGGAGUGUGCGGUGAGCCUGCUCGAUCUUGAUGGGGUCCCGGACUCUAGCUCUAGUAUUUUUGGGAGCCACUCUUGUAAGAAAGUGAUGGCGUUGCUCCCUUCUACACCCUCUGGGAAGCCAACCAGUCACAGAUUCUGACUUCUGGCUCUGUUUUCAAGGUCAUUGAGUUUAUCUUUGAGAUUGCUAAUUUCUUCCUCCGUCUUUUUUUUAUAAUCUCCGAGGUCGUUGUGUAGGGAGUUGAGACUAUUAGUGUGGUCAGCCUGCUUGCCUUCAAUCUCUUUAACACGUAGACCUAGUGCACGGUUGUCGCUGAUCAGUUUAUCCACUGAGGUGGCCAAAGGGUUCAGCUUUUGGUCCAGCAAGGCUUGAAUUUUGUCGAACCCCUUUGCAAAUUUUUCAUGAAACCAUGUCGGCGGCUUUUCGGCGUUAACUUUGUCCGGGCUAAUGUUAGCAGGACUAGCUGUGUUAGCUACAGGUAUUGUUGAUAAAGUGGGCUUUCCACAUCUAUCUUCCCUCGCACCUACCUCAGCUUUUUUCGACGGCAUCUCCAGUUAUUAUUUUAGUUAUAGGAGGUAAAUGUAGUUGUUUCUAUGCAAGGGCGGCUGGUGCAUAAGGGCGAUUGGGCGACGCACUGCCAAAACGAAAAAAAAAUAGUUUUUUUCUUUUUUUAAAACAAACUUUCACCAGCACUGCUCGAGGCCGUUUUAAUCUGUCUCUGGGUAUAAUUGUCCAAUCAGGGUGGUCUUGCUUCUAGAGUACAGCCCCUUUUGGGGAGAUUUCAGUCACACUGAAAAUCGCCCAAGAGUUCACUGAUAGAGUCCCAUGUUAUUUUUUUUCUCCUGACUGACACUUCAAUGCAAUCUCUAUGGGUUCCGGGGGGGCUUGCCCUAACGUGCUUACGUCACUGCGAAGCGCGGCAAAGUUGCAUUCGAUCUGCUCAGUUUCUGAGGUGAGAUGGAUGCGGACAUAGACAUAUAAACAUAGACGCCGCAUUCUGCGUAGAAUCAUAUGUCAUCCUCGCCGCCAUAUUGGAUGUGGCAAAGUGGAGAUUCUUCAACCGUCUCUGGUAUAGCGUCUAGACAGUAGCCGAGAAUAAAGAUGCUUCAUUCAUGUGCUGCUUUUAACUGUACCAACAGGUUUACCGUCCAAACGAGAUCACAUGGGAUUACCUUUCACAGGUGAGACUGGAAAAAUACUUUUCAAUACUGUUCCUUCAGUCUUCAGUUUCCCAGCUCAUCUCCACCAGGUAGGUGUAGAGUUAUAAGCAGUGAGAAUUAGAUAUAAUAGUGCCACACUAUGAUGAACGUUUUUGAACGUAUGAUGAAUGUUUUUAACCUUUCUGAAUGUGAAGGAAUCAGUGAUGUAUUUUGUUUUGGUAUGACAUUAGAACCUGGCCGAACUCAGUUUGGUGGUCAUUCAGCUCACUUUAUUCAAUGAGAGUAGGUCUGUGUGGUAACUCAAUAAAUAAAACAGUAAAUUUUUAUUUUCAUUCACUAUUUCCAGUUUUUCCACUAUUUCCAUCAUUUAUCAUUGUUUUGUUACAAUUGUUAAAUCAGCGUUUUGUAUAUUUUAUUUUGGAACAGGAAAUUACCUGCAACAUGUCAGGUGACUUAAACCAGGAAGUAAAAAGAAGGGCAGGGCUCGGAGCCAUUGUUUGUCAUUUUUCCAAUCCUUUUGAAUCUGCCUGCAUCUUAUGCCCUUUGAUAGCAUCGUUGUUUUACUCUUUCUUACGUCAUUAAACCUGUGGAUAAUGGACAACUGUCUCCAGAGUCGUGAUGUCAGGAAGGAGUUUGUCUAACUGCCAAGGUGUAUCACAGCACAUAUACUGAGGGCAGCAUAGUAAAACAACGGCUUUCUAACGGGCAAGAUAACGCAGCAAACUGACAGAUGCUACUAACAUCACACGCAGCCAGUGGAUGACCAUCACAGCAGUGUCUAAACAGAUGUACGUCACCAGACAACGCCAUGUCCGAGAAAGCAACUUCAUUUAAAGACGCAGUCCCACGCUACAUGUUCUGCUGCAUGCUCAAGUGUAUCAUCAACGGGGUCCGCUGCAGCCAAGGCAAGAGCGAGAGCAGAGGCAGCAAAGGCACGCCUGUUCUAUGCCGAAGAGGAAAUGAACCUAAAGCUAGAAAAAGCUAAGCUAGAAGCCUCAAUAGAGAUGCUCAAUUAUAAAAAAAGAGACAGCUGCUGCUGUAGCUGAGGCAGAAGCCCUUGAAUCUGCAGUAGAGGCAAACAGUGAAAGACAUGGUUUCAUGUUAAAUUUGGACUUUAGUCCUUUGGAAGCUGCACAAUGCACACAACAAUAUGUUCUUGACCAAGCCAAAUCACAAAACACAGACGCUCAGCUACUAGACGAGGGUGUUGUAACAAGAAGAGAGCCAAGCCCUAGCUACAAAACUCUGGCUUCAACUAUUAAAUCGGAAGCCAGCUUAUUCCAUCAGGCUCAAGCCAACGCUGCUUCCCCUAAUACAUAUGACUACAGUGCGUCUUCUCAACUAACUCCUCUCACCUCACAGCAGCCUCACAUCUAUGAAGAUAAAGUUGAUAGGACACGCAAUGUUUGGUUUGACAACCACAAUGCCAUUCCUGAGUACGGUCUUGGACUUCAAAACGACAAAGGUCGUCCUGCUCUUAAAUCCUAUCCCACAUCUUCAAACACCAAUAAUGACGACUCCAACAUUAGCGACUUUGUGAGGUACUUUGCUCGUCGUGAGCUUGUAGCAACAGGCCUACUUCAAUUCAGCGACAAACCUCAGAACUACAGAGCCUGGAAACGUUCUUUUCAGAACGCAACCAGAGGUUUAAACUUGACGCCAAGCGAAGAGAUGGAUCUUCUGUUUAAGUGGCUUGGCAAAGAGUCGGCAGAACACAUCGAACACAUAAGAGCAAUACACAUCAAUCAUCCAGCAGCAGGAUUGGCUAUGAUAUGGAACAGACUUGAACAAUUUUAUGGCUCUGCAGAAGUGAUAGAAGAUGCUCUGUUCAAACGUAUCGAUGCCUUUCCAAAAAUAACAAACCGAGAUUAUUCUAAACUAACAAAGUUGAGUGAUCUUUUAAUGGAACUAGAGUCAGCCAAGGCCGAAGGAGACCUACCUGGCCUCUCUUUCCUCGAUACAGCAAAAGGCGUCAACCCAAUUGUACAGAAGCUCCCCUUCAGUCUGCAGGAAAGGUGGGCAUCAGUUGGGGUAUCCUACAAGUGGCAACAUUGUGUUUCAUAUCCCCCCCUUUACCUGCUUUGUAGCCUUUGUUUGCCAUGAAGCAAAUGUCAGAAAUGACCCAAGUUUCAACUUUGUCCUUCAGUCAGACGUAUCUCCCAGGACAGAAAAAGCAGUUUGGAAGCCAAACAGACAGCGAGAAGUCUCUGUUCACAAAACAGAGAUAUUCCCCAAAGCCAACUCUGAUCCUAGAGAGCCUUCAAAGAAAUUAGAUGACUGUGACAAACUGUGUCCAAUACAUAAAAAACCCCAUCCACUACGCAAAUGCCAUGCUUUCAGAGAAAAGCCCAUCGAAGAUUGUAAGACAUUCUUGAAAGAAAAUAAUGUCUGCUUCAUAUGUUGUGCUUCAUCAACACAUGUUGCAAAGAACUGCACAUUUAAUGUCCAAUGUUAUGAAUGCAAAAGUGAAAAGCAUCACACAGCGCUUCACCCUGGACCCGCACCCUGGGUUAAGGGCAUGGACAUGGCUCCAGAGCAGGGGUGUCAAACCUGAUCCAUAAAGGGCCUUGUGGCUGCAGGUUUUCAUUCCAGCCAUGCAGCAGCACACCUGACUUG